AUGGACAAAUCACCAUGCGACUAUAUCCAAUUGCGCAACGUCCAGCUCCCAGUGCCCAUCUAUCUCCGAACAAACGCCUGGAAACAAACCAACAAACCGCAACCAGCCAGCUUUUCCGUGCGCAUCUCAUACCCCGCCUCCCUCAUCGCCCUGGCCGCAGACAGCGAUACAGUCGGCAGCACCCUCAACUACGGCACCCUCUACCGAUCUAUCGAAUCUGCAAUAAUAUCCAGCAAUAGAGAGGCCGUGGUAGACGAGAACGCAGAGGACCCAACGAAACGACCUUCCUACAGCAAGGAUAUAGUCGACAUUACCCGAACAAUCAGCGAUGCUGCAUAUAAAGUGCUAUGGGCAGAGAUCGGCCCCAUAGGACGCGACAAGGAUGACCCUAUCUUUAAGGAUAGCUGGUUCGUGGAGAAGAAAGAAGAGAUAACGGUUGAUCUUCAUCUCCCCAAGGCCAUAUUACGGGCGGAACGUGGAUUACAUUGUUCACUUGUCACGAGGGAAAGACGGUUUAAAGAACAUGUGUCUAUGGACUACGACUUGACUGUUAGAGUCGAAGGGAUACGAUGUGCUUGUAUCGUCGGGGUGAAUGCCUAUGAGCGGAAGGACAAGCAAAUCGUCGAGCUUGCGUUGACCUUUCGGGAUGGAUCUGGCAAGGGAGAUUGGCUAUCUCGUAUGAUACCGAAACAGUAUCAGGCGAUGGUCUCGGCGGUGGCAGAGAGCAUUGACACAACUUCAUACGAAACGGUGGAAGCGCUGGCUACACAUGCGGCCAAGGUUGUGAUCACCCAGUUUGAGAUAGAGGAGGUGACGGUCAGAGUCGAGAAGCCCAGCGCCAUGGCCUUUGUAGCGUAUUCCGGCCUGGAGAUAACACGCACAGCUAGCUUCUUCGGCGUCUCCCAUCCGCCGCUGUGA